GUGGCGGGGAGGGAGAGCCGGGUGUCCGCACGGGCUGCGCUGCUCCGCCGGCCCCCUCCCACCCCCCGGGCACGGAACCCCCGACCGAACACCCAGCACCGCCCCGAGCCCCCCCGGCACCCUCCCUCUUACCCCUCGGAUUGCCCUACGCAUCCUGCAGCGUCUCUAGGAUUGUUCCCAGCGCCUCGCUGCAUCCCCUGGAGGGUUCCCGGCACCUUCACCGAGCACCUCAAGCAUCCCCUGCGUCCCCUGCGUCACCUCAAGCAUCCCCUGCAUCACUCUGAGCAUCCUGAGCAUCACGCAGGGCACCACAGAGCAUCGCCUGGAUAACCCCAAGCAUCCUCCUGGAGCACUCUGAGCAUCCUCUGCAUAACCCUAAGCAUCCUCCAGAGCAUCCCAAGCACCAUCCGAAUAACCCCAAGCAUUCCAAGCAUCACCUCGAGUACUGCAGAGCAUCCUCUGGAUAACCCGAAGCAUCCCUGGAGCAAUCCUUCCCGGCUCACCCGGAGCAUCCUCCAGCCCACUCCAUCUGAUCCAUCCCUGCAUCCCAGGGAAAUGCUCAAUGUGAUGGAUUUCUCCUGCUCGGACCCGUUGUAUUCCAAGUACGAGGAGAGCUGCGAGAUGAAAGCUGGGGACCUGCAGGGCUUGGGGCAGCCUGAGCAGCAACUUCUGGAGGAGGCCGAAUUCCUCGGAGGUGAGCUGCUGGAAUACCCCCCCCUUGGCAGCCAGCUGUCCCCCUCGCUCAGCUACACUGGCAGCUUCUUCAUCAAGGCUGUGCCUGAGCACCCCCAGGAUCAGGAGUCCCUCUUCAACCUGAUGUCAGGGAUCUUGGGCAUCUCCCCCUUCGCCACCUCCGAGGGCCACCAAAGACACUUGGAUGCACUCUAUCCUUGUCCUGAGGUGGCACCCAACCAGAUGGACCUCUAUCCCAGCUGCCAGCCUGAAAUGAAUGGCUCCAUGCAAGCCUCCUUCACCGAGCAGAGCUACGGCAGCUUCCCUUCUGUGGACGCCGUGCACCCACUGCAGCCUCAACCCUCCUUGGGAACCACCUCCCAGUGCUUCUUCGAGAGCAAGCUGCUGGACACCAAGCAGGACAUCAAGCUGCCCUCCAGCUCCACAGCGCUGGAUAAGUUCAAAGCCCCCUGUGCCCAGUGGGAGCCCAUCACCCCACAUCAACCCUUCCUACCCACUGGCUUCCAUCCCACCGAGACCUUCCCAGCGGGGGAGAGCGGCCAGGCCAUGUUCCAUCCAUUGGGCUCCAAGAUGGAAAAUGCGCUGACCGUCAGCUGCCAGGCAGAGCUCGGAAGCCUCACGGAGGAUCCUGGCUGUUUCCCCAGCACCAAUUUGGGUUUUGGCUGUGAGCCAGAGAACUUUGCUGACACCAAAAUCCACAACCUCCCUGCCCAGCUGAUGCCGGAGUUCGACUCUUCCCUGGCACAACCUGAGGUCCUUCCAGGUCUGAUGGGCUCCACCGAGAUCCUCCAUCCCCAUCCCUCACCCUCAGUGCCCCCCACGGACUUUUUAGGCCACCCCGUGCCAACCUCCGUCCCCUCCCUGCUGCCCACCCCUCCUACCUUAGCCGAGCCCAAGAAGAAGACACGCCGCACCAAGUGCUCUUCCAAAUGCUUCUGCCCCAAGCCCCAUGAGAAAGCCUUUGCCUGCCCAGUGGAGAACUGCGUGCGGAGCUUUGCCCGCUCCGAUGAGCUCAACCGGCACCUGCGGAUCCACACGGGCCACAAACCCUUCCAGUGCCGCAUCUGCCUGCGCAACUUCAGCCGCAGCGACCACCUCACCACCCACAUCCGCACUCACACGGGUGAGAAACCCUUCUCCUGUGACACCUGCGGACGGCGCUUCGCUCGUAGCGAUGAAAAGAAGCGACACAGCAAAGUCCACCUGAAGCAGAAAGCGCGGACAGAAGAGAAGCUCAAAGGGUUGGGGUUCUUCUCGGUGGGUCUCUCCUUCGGCACGCUGUGAAAACCCAAUGUUGGUGAUGGGAGAUGGUGUUUCCCAAUACAGGACGUUGAACGUCCCAUGGAAGAGCAUCCCAUGGUGGGAACAUCCCAUGGUGGGGAGAACCUGGGGUGGCCCUGGAGAUGGUGCAGCCAUGGAGAAGGUGCCAGUGAAGGUGCCGCGGAAGGAGCGCUGGGAGGAGAGGUUCAGGCCAGGCAGUGCUGGACAGCGACUCACACUGUCAUAAAACCACAAAAUCGUUGGUUGGAAAAGACCUCUAACAUCAUCAAGUCCAUCUGCCACCAAGACUUUCCACCAUUACCAUCAAAAUCAACACCUCCAGCCAAUGGAGCCAUCUCCAACCUGCAGAGACUGAGUCAUCCCUACAGCUCCUCUUCCAAGGAGGAAAACAGGACAAAAUAUACUGUACAGAAGGGGAUUGAUUACCCACAGUUUUUAUACUCACGGACACACGGGCUGGGGCUGUGUUUGCAGCAAGCUGUGCCUCACCCGCACUGCACGCGGUGUUCCGGGCGCACUGAGUGCUUUCCCAAUGGAAGGCAAUGGCAGAGGAGCAGGCACCGCGUGGCUUCAUGAUGGAGAGCGGUGCACGGCGGUGCCCCUUUGGAAUGGUGAUGUCGUAAUUACGGUUAUAAAUAUUUUCCUGUUUGUAAAAAGAAUCUAUCAG